UUCAGUUCAGCAGUAUAGUAAUUUGAGGUUAGAAUACAGGAUAAUUAAUAAUUUGUAAAGGAAAUAAUUUAAUAAAAUGAGUAAAAAGCUUAAAAAUUUGAAAUGGGAAUCGGUGGCGAUAAGCGGGUUUCCUGUGUCAAUGACAGAUAAUUUUCAAGGAUUUGUUGGGCUUGAAGAAUGCACCAACUAUGGCAUGGAAAAGGAGAGUAAACGUCCCAAAAACACAAAGAAUAAGCAGAAGAAACGCAGUCUCCCUUCAGAAGAAAAGCACCAACCGAUAGUUCCACACAAAAAAGUAAAAUUAUCCAAUGGGUUUGUUGUUGAAGCUUGCAAUGUUAUCAAACCUUCAGUUACAAAUGAGGUCAGUCCAAAACGUAACCAACUUAAUAAAAAAACUAAUAAAAAAGAAAAAUCUAAAACUUUAGAACAUCCUGAAGAUAGACUCGUGACAGAAGAUGUAAUUAAAAAAGGUAAAAUAACUAAGACAACAAGGUCUAAUGAAAAAAUGGAUAAGAAAAAUAAAGUCAAACUCGGUGAAGAUAUAACUGGAGUUAUUUCUGAACUUACUCCUGAAGAUAUGCUGACAUGGGCCGAGUUCAAGCUUCCGGAACCAAUAGUUAGAGCUCUCAUGGAACUUGGAUUUAAAAAGCCGACAAAAAUUCAGGAGCUGACUUUACCAGCUGCUAUUCAUGGACGUAGAGACAUACUUGGUGCAGCCGAGACAGGUAGCGGCAAAACUCUCGCUUUCGGUCUCCCAAUCCUCAGUGGAAUCAUGAAAUUGAAAGAAAAUGCUGAAGCUGGCUUAGAUGUGUACGAAAUGCCAUACAAAAAGACAUCAGUUAAGAGAAAACCUGAGGAGGUUAAAGCACCCAAGAAUAAGAAAAAGAGAAAUAAAUUUGCAAAGAGUAAAACUGAUAAAGAAUCUUCUGAAGAUGGCUAUGUUUCUGAUAUUGAAGCAGAAGAAGACAAUACUCUAAAUUCAAAGAAUGAAGGAAACAAAGUCAGUUCUAAAAAUAAAAAAACAAAACAAACGAAGAAUAGUGCAGAUGAAUAUUUAGAAGAAUAUGAUGUACCAAUUAAGCGUAGAGAAAAUUCGGCCGACGAAGGGAAUGAUAGUGACAGUGAUAAUUAUGUACAUUUGUCUGAAAUGAUAGAUUCUGAUGAUUUGGCUGAAACAGAUUCUGACAAAGAGAAUGAUGAUGGAAAAGAGAGUGAUGAUUCAGAUAGCAAUGUGUCAUCAAAUAGUGGAGAAGUUAGUGCAGAAGAUGAAUCGGAUGAUAUUGAUUCUAGUGAAGAAAGUGUUCAAAAUGAUGAUGAAGAAGUUGAAGAAGAGAGUGAUGGUAGCCAAGAAGAAGAAGAUAUCAAUGAAAAUGAACAAGGCAUAGGCUGUGUUAAGGUGAUAGAUGACAUUGAAAUCCCAGGUCCUGUGGUGACCAAGACGGGCAAGCCAUUGUACGCUCUCAUCCUGACUCCGACCAGGGAACUCGCGAUACAGAUCAGCAGGCAUUUGAUCGCUGUUGCUAAAUAUACAGGCAUCAGAAUAGCAACUAUUGUGGGAGGCAUGGCCGCCGUAAAACAAGAGAGGGUGCUACAAAAGGGACCGGAAGUAGUGGUGGCCACCCCAGGGCGCCUGUGGGAACUUCUCAGCCAGGGUCAACCGCAUUUACAACAAAUGGACUGUGUCAAAUUCCUGGCCAUAGACGAAACCGACCGGAUGAUAGAGCGCGGCCAUUUUGAGGAGCUCCAACCACUCUUGGAGAGGUUGAACGCUGACGACGCCAGAAGAGGCACUAGACAGAACUUUGUAUUCUCCGCCACAUUGACCAUGGUACACGACCUGCCUGCGCACAUGAGAGGGAAGAAGGUAACGAAACGCGGCAAGAUAUUGAACAGAAAGAUCGAGAAGAUGACGCCGCAGCAGAAAAUAAAGAGAUUGGUGGACAUGGUAGGCAUGACAGAGCCUAAAGUUGUCGACAUCACUACACAGAAUCUAGGUACAGCGGAAACUCUCACGGAGAGUCGUAUAGCCUGCUCGCUGGACCAGAAAGAUGUUUAUCUCUACUACAUCCUGAAGAGGCAUCCCGGUAGGACCAUAGUGUUCUGCAACUCUAUCGGAAGUGUAAGGAGGUUAGCGCAGUUGUUCACUAUCCUCGGGUGUCGCCCCCUGCCGUUACAUGCCAACAUGCCGCAGCGGCAGAGGCUGAAGAACUUGGAGAGGUUCAGGGAUGACCCCAACGGGGUUUUGGUGGCGACAGACGUGGCCGCCCGCGGCUUGGACAUACCUGAUGUCGACCACGUUGUGCAUUAUCAGGUGCCCAGGACUGCGGAGAACUACGUCCACCGCAGCGGGCGCACCGCUAGGGCUUCGAAGGAGGGCAUCACGAUCCUCAUGAUGGAGCCCUCGGAGGCCUAUCUCUAUGCUAAACUGUGCCGGACGCUCAAUAAGACUUCGGAAGUGCCGACCUUCCCAGUGCCACCUUCAGCGCUCUCCCCCCUCAGGGAGCUGGUGGUGACCGCUCGGGAACUGGACGCCCUCGAGCUGAAGAAGAGGCGGGCCGCCCAGGCCGCGGGGUGGAAGGAGAGAGCGGCCAGAGAAAUGGACAUGAUCAUCGAUGACGAUGAUCUUCCACUGAAAACAGCGGAUCCCACAAUAGACGCAGCGCUGAAGAACAAGAGGCGACAACUGAACGCCCUGCUGUCGAGACCGAUACUGCCUAAAUCCUUCUCGUUCAAGUAUCCGACGCUCAACGAGCCUUUGCCAGUCAGCCAGGAUAAUGCUUUGCAGGUUAUGAAGAAGGCGAUGGAAUCCGGGGAAUUGAAGAAAGAAAAGAGGAAAAGCAAGAACGCCUCGCUUCUCAAACUACAGAAACAAUUAAGCAAAUAAAUGUGUUUUUGUAAAAUA